AUGUGUUCAAACGAGACUCUGGUGGACCAACUGGAAUGUUAUAUGGAUGAUUUAGUGGAGUGUUUCGAAGAUUUUGUCAAGAAAUCACUGAUCGUCAUCACUAUUGCUGUCGGUGCUGUCAUUGGACUUCUGGUUUAUGUGCUUAAGAUGGUCACUGAAAGACAGGAAACUCUGGGUCACGCCAGUAUCGUACCAGCUCUAGAAGAUAUUUCUCGUCAGAGGGGUAAUUCAUCUGACCCAAAUAACAUUCCUACAAAAACAAGUGAAACAGUACUACAUGACUACGAAGCAGAAAAUACGCUGAAUGCAGAAAUCGAUAAGAACGCUAAGAAUUCUCCAGAUACAUCUACUAAAUCAGCCAAUACGUUACCGUUGCCUGUAAUCGCUGGUUUUGACGCGAAAGUAUUGAGAGAUAUCGGGUUAUCCGACUGUUCUAAAAACUGCAAAGAAAGAAUACUAUCAUUGAAUCGUGAUCAAACUAAUAAAAGAAGCACGAGCUUAAAUAAAAAUCAAGAUACAGUCGAAACAAAAACCUCUUGUUGUUCCAUUUGCUGUGAAGAUGAAGAUACAGAAAAAAUAAAAGAAAAAGAUAUAUUGUUACCCAGUUAA